AUGCUGCCUGGGACCUCUCAGGUACCCACAGAAGCCAGCAUGUCUUGGGUCCUACUUUCCGUCCUGUGGCUCAUCAUUCAAACUCAAGUAACAGAUACCAUAUUAACCCCUGAGUUAAAGCCUCAGAAAAUAGUUCAUCCUAAAAAACUACCCAUUUCACAGAGAAGAGGGCUUGAGAACAACCAGACAGAGAGCUAUGCCAAAGAGGAACGAUAUGCACCAGAAGUUCAAUAUCAGAUCAUACUAGAUGGAGAAGAAAUCAUUUUUCACCUAAGGAGAACCAAGCAUCUUCUGGGGCCAGACUACACUGAAAUAUCUUACUCACCCAGAGGAGAAGAGAUGACCAGACGUUCUCAGAAUGUGAAACCCUGCUACUAUGAAGGCCAUAUCCAGAACGCAAAGGGCUCUCUUGCCAGUAUCAGUACCUGUGAUGGGUUGAGAGGGUACUUCACACAUCAUGAUCAGAAGUAUCAAAUAAUGCCUCUACAAAGCACAGAUGAGGGAGAACAUGUUGUUAUUCCACACAACUGGGAAGAACCAGGUGCAGUUAAUUACAAGCACAAUGAGAAGCAAGUUGGCAGGAAACGAAGCCAUCUUCGAACUUCCAGAUCACUCAAAAGCCCAAAUGAAGACUCACUUCAAGGACAGAAGUACAUCGGUCUCUUUUUGGUGCUGGAUAAUUCCUAUUAUAAGAUGUAUAAAGGGAAUGUGACUCGAAUGAGAAGCUUUGUGUUUGAGGUGCUGAAUCUGCUCAACGUGAUUUAUAAAACCAUAGAUAUUCAAGUGUCUUUGGUGGGCAUGGAGAUCUGGUCAGACCGUGAUAAGAUAAAGGUGGUGCCCAACCUUGGUGCCACAUUCACAAAUUUCAUGAGAUGGCAUUAUUCUAACCUGGGACAAAGGAUCCAUAACCAUGCCCAGCUUCUCAGUGGAGCUGGCUUCCUCCAUGGACGUGUAGGAAUGGCAGCUGCGAAUUCCCUGUGUACUACAUCUUCAGUGUCUGUAAUUGAGGCUAAAAGAAAGAAUAAUGUGGCUCUUGUAGCACUGAUGUCACAUGAGUUGGGCCAUGCCCUUGGUAUGCAGGAUGUUCCAUAUUAUACCAAGUGUCCCUCUGGCAGCUGUGUGAUGAAUCAGUACCUGAGUUCAAAAUUCCCCAAGGAUUUCAGUACUGUCAGCCGCUCACGGUUUCAAGGAUUCCUUUCAUCUAGAAAUAUAAGGUGUCUGCUGUUGGCUCCUGACCCUAAAAACAUAAUAAAACCAACAUGUGGAAACCGACUUCUGGAUAUGGGAGAAGGCUGUGACUGUGGCUCUCCUGAGGAAUGUGCCAAUCUUUGCUGUGAGCCCCUGACAUGUAGGCUGAAAUCUCAACCUGACUGCAGGGAGGAAGCUUCCAACCACGUCAUGUGAGCACCAUCUUCUCUCUGUUCCCCAAAGGACUUCUCACUUUUUUUGAGAUUUGAAAAAUGUCUCACUGGG